AUGCUUUUGGUGAUAGAGACUCCAAAGUAUCCCAUCGUCCUCGCCCACGGCCUCUUUGGCUUCGCUGAACUCCGUCUCUCUCCAUACUUUCCAGCUGUCGAAUACUGGCAUGGCAUUCGCGAUGCCCUCACUGCGCAAGGCGCCACCGUCUUAACGCCUACUGUGCCUCCAUCAUCCUCUAUUGCCGACCGCGCUACUGCUCUCCGCUCCGCCCUUGAAGCCCACGCUCCAAUGCCCGAAGCCGUUACAAUUGUCGCACACAGCAUGGGUGGUCUUGAUGCCCGAUAUAUGCUUUCGCACCUCGCUCCGCUCCCAUUUCGCGUUGCGGCUGUGGUUACCGUUGCAACGCCGCACCGAGGAAGCGCAUUUGCAGACUACCUCCUUGAUGAAGAAGUCUCACCACUGCACCAUUACUUGCCUCAACUUUAUCAGACAUUUGAAAAAGCUGGUCUCGGUACGGCAGCGUUCUCGCAGUUGACGAGACGCUACAUGGCUGAAGAGUUCAAUCCGAACACGCCGGAUCAGCCAGAUGUGCGGUACUUUUCGUACGGAGCAGCAGUGGAGCGGCCGGCACUGCUGAGUCCAUUUCGGCAUCCGCACGCCGUCAUGACACAGGCCGAGGGACCCAACGAUGGGCUUGUCAGUGUGGAGAGCAGCCACUGGGGCACAUACAAAGGCACGCUCCUUGGAGUGAGCCACUUGGAUCUGAUAAACUGGUCCAAUCGUGUUGGUUGGACAGUCCGGGAAUGGAUGGGGAUCAAGAAGAAUUUCAAUGCUAUUGCAUUCUAUCUUGACAUAGCAGACAUGCUAGCUAAAGAAGCCACCUUGCCGCGAACACUCGACGAGAACCCGCCCUCCAGCACAUUUGUCCCACGAGAUCCGGUGAUUGCAUUGGCAGUUGACAAGCGAGGAAUUGGUGAGGGACGUAGCCGCAACAGUUAA